CGCGCGCUCGCCUUGCAUCGCGCCUCCGGCAAAAAGGCGAGCAAGUGGGAUUCCACGCUGCCAGCUGCCCCCUGCAGCUUUCCUUACCCGUCCUCUGUAUCCACAGAUCCGAUCGCAUGGCUGCUUUUCUGUACAUAUAAGAGCAAGCCAGCAAGCCGCGGUCGUGGCAGGCACCUUGGCUCAAACCGCUCGCCAUCUUGGCUCAAGCGCCCGCGGCUGUGCUUUGACGCGUGUCGUUACCGCUCUUUAUAGGAUGUGGUGCUUGUGGCCUAUAGGCCCAGAGCGGUGAGGCGUGAAGUCGAUGAUGCACGUGGGGGCAGUAGCCAACGCUGCCGUAGCCGUCAUCGGAGUGGUCUGUUGGUACCUCCUCGUCUUUCAUCACGUGGAGGGCGUGGAUGUACUGGAUGCCGAGGGCGCAGGAGAGCGCAUCGUCAAGUUCGACGUCCUGGCCGUGGAUGCCUCCAACAGGUCCGCCACCGACCCCGUGGCGCGGCUCACCCUGGGCCUCGCGGCGGCGCAGCCCGAGGCGCUGAGCCUCGAGGAGCUCCUGCGCUCCCCCGCUGUGGCGUUCUUUGCCCUGGACUGGUCCCUGAGCUUCUUCGUCUUCCUCGAGCUGGCCGACCCCCCGGCCGCGUGGCGUGAGCCGCCCCUGGACCGUUGCAUCCCGCGGCACGCCGGGAAGGUCGCGUGGAGCGUGCCGCUCUUCGAGGUGGAGCGGUGGGCGCAGUCCCGGGCGCUGCCGGCGGCCCUCUGGGUCUGGAGCCCGGGCGGCUGCGGGCGCGCGCCCGCCCGCGCAGUGCUGGCCGCGGCCGGGUCAGCGGUGGUGGCGGGGAGCUGCUGGGCGGAGCAGCUGGGGGCGGCACGGCCCCGCCUGCCCGAGCGGCAGCUGCAGCGCCUGCUGCGCGCCAGCUGGGCCCUGGAGGCGCACCUCGCUGCACGCCAGGCCCCGAGCGGCGAGCCGCUGCUCGCGGUGCUGCCGGGCCCCCUCGGGUACCGCCUGCUGGACCUCGCGGAGGGGCUGGGCCCUGGGCAGAGGAGCCUCUUCCUGCACGGCCCCGUCGACGAGGCCGUCGAGGGCUCCUACGGGGAGCUGGCCAGCGGCCUCUCGGGCCUGGGGCGCGCGCUGCUCGCGGCGGAGCCGCUGCACUGGGCCCUGCGGCUGCUGCUGCCGCGCCGGGCCCCGCUCAGCACAGAGCUGAGCCAGCGGCGGGCGGCCGGGACGCUGCCGGCCGUGGAUGACCCGCUGGCGGAGCUGGCGGUGCUGGACGCGCUGGACGGCGCAGCCCUGUGGUCGGAGGCUCGCCGCGCGUCGCCGGGCGGCGCGGCCGCGGCGUGCCCGGAGCUGGCGUCCCAGAAUCCGGAGCGCCGCGGCGCUGCCGAGGGGGCCGUGCUCGCCUGGGUGCUGGGAGCCGCGCCGGGCAGCGCGCCCGUGGAGUCAGCGGCGGAACGGCUGCGGGGCCUCCAGGCCGCCGCCGGGCUCCCGCAGCCCGAGCAGAGCGCAGGGCCGCGCCCGCCCGCCCGCGCGCUGGAGCAGGCGCGCCGGGCGGCGGCCGACGUGCCGACGGG